CGUGCUCUGCGGCGAGUUGUCCUACAUAGGUUGCUGGUUACCAUUGAGAACGGAUUGGCAUCAGGUGAUGUGUUGUGCCAAUGAUCCGGCCUUCGCGUUACGAUCUGUACCUGUUAUUUAAACACACAUCCUCAUUCAUUCACACUGAUUAGUCUCCCCCAUGGGUACUGUGGAUAAUACUUUUGGAGCGUUCUUGAUCGGGGUUGUAGUCUCUGCUACGCUUUACGGUGUUACUUGUAUGCAGACAUGGUACUAUAUGAGCCGGUAUUUCUCAGAUCCUUGGUACAUCAAACUUUUAGUCAGCGCUAUAUUUCUAUCAGACUCGGUCCAUCAAGCUCUGAUUACACACACUGUGUAUACGUACCUUGUCACUGACUUUGGCAACGUUGGUGAUAUCGAGAAACUUGUGUGGAGUUUAUCUGUUGAAGUUUUGUUCAAUGGUUUCACGGGGUUUAUGGUUCAAAGCUUCCUCACCAUGCGUAUCUACCAACUGAGCAACAAGAACAUGAUUGCAACUGCGUCAGUGCUGUCUCUUGUCAUCGCGGAAUUUGUCACUGUUAUCAUAUAUGUUGCAAAAGCUGUCCAGUUGACGACCUUCACCCAAGCUCCCCAGAUUAAGGCAUUGUCAAUGUCUGUGAACGCUGUAGCAGCUGCCGGAGAUCUCCUUAUCACCGUCUUCCUCUGCACAUUCCUCCAACGGUCUCGCACUGGUUUCCAUCAGUCAGAUACCUUGAUCAAUAAGCUGGUGCUGUUCAGCAUCAGCACCGGUCUGCUCACCAGUGUUUGUGCGGUCAUGUCCCUCAUUUCUAUUACAGUGUGGCCUGAUACCUUCAUUUACGUCGCAUUCUAUUUCUGCCUGGGCCGCCUUUACUGCAAUUCCCUGCUGGCAACCCUCAACGCACGCAAGGGUAUCCGCCACGAUUCUUGUGACAGUCAUAUGUCGCUCUCGCUACACGGAGCUCGGAGACCUCUUAAUGGUCCCAUCGGCUCAUCGCGAAUGGGGAUGCCAAACGACCUUUCAAUUAAGAUAGAUACUGCGCAAGAAUACAUUGAAGAUGAGUUUCUAUCCGCAAAGGACCUUAAAAGUUCUCAGUCAGUUUAAUUGCUAUGCGGAUGAGAAUCACGAAAUGUACCUAUCUCACUAGCUCUUACUCCUAGAAGAGUAAGCACGCUGUGCCUUUGACAGUGUGAAACUUCUUUUUGGUGGUAUAUUCUUCAGGUAGACUUAGUAUAUCCGAGUCUUUCAGUCCAAUUCAUCUAAAGCAACCCAACGCACCCAGCAAUCUUCACUUAUCCAUUUAAUAGUCAUAUCAAAUAAUGCUCUCACAGAAUAUAUUUCAUUCCAACAUGUUCGG